UUUAGAUUCUGAGUUGUAUAAUUAUUGGUCCUUGUUGAUGGUGUCUCCAGCUGGUGCCAACACCUGCUCCUCCUCGCCACUUUUACUGCCCACAACGCCACAAAUACGCCAUUAUGCCUAAGAAUAAGGGAAAGGGAGGUAAGAACAGGCGGCGAGGUAAGAACGAGAACGAAGCCGAGAAGAGAGAACUGAUCUUCAAGGAAGAAGGUCAAGAAUAUGCCCAGGUGACGAAAAUGCUGGGUAACGGCAGAUUGGAAGCUCUGUGUUUUACAGACGGUAUGAAGCGGCUCUGUCAUAUUAGAGGCAAGCUACGUAAGAAGGUUUGGAUCAACCAAGGCGACAUCAUUCUCCUAGGCCUACGUGACUACCAGGACAAGAAAGCCGACGUCAUCCUCAAAUACAACGCUGACGAGGCCCGCAACCUGAAAUCUUAUGGCGAGAUCCCAGAGUCCGUGAAGGUGAACGAGAACGCCACCUUCGUGGAGGACGGUAUGGAUGACGACAUUGAGUUCGAUGACUACUCUGAGGAGGAGGAGGAUGUCGUCAAUGAUAUUGAUGCUAUAUAAAGCAGUUGAUGGCUGUGUGUGUAACGGACGGUACAGGCGAUAGGCUCCGAGGGUGGCCAUUAGAUCAACUCGUUCCGGGAGUGCCAUUGGAAAUUCGAGUGGGACUUCCCAUCAAUCCUCGGAGAUUGACUCGAGGCAGUUCAGUAGAAAUAUAAACCGGAAUAAACUUAGUUUCCUAUUAUUUUUUUUUUUCUUGGUAAACCAUCCUGUUGGAAUAAUUUAUAUCCAGUCAGCUUUAUAAAGCGUCUAUAUCAAACCACUUUAUAUAAAGCCCCUCUAUAGAAAGCCAGUUCUUUGUAAAUGCCACUGAUAAAGUUUGAGAAUUGAACAGCACUUGCUUUAGAUGCCCUUUUUGCCCGCUGUUCAAUUUGACUAUCCUUUUUCAGUCCCAUUUACAAAAUAAGGCAGUGUAUGGAGAGAAGGUUUACAAGCAGUGAGUGCGGUAAAGCUGGGUGUUGCAUGCUUGGUUCCUAGUGUUGAACUUUAACCAUGGUUAGUGUGUUUGAACUUAUCCUUCUCUCACUACCCAGUUGUCACCAAGCUUAAUGGAACCUAUAAUUGAUAUUUUAUAUAAAGAAUAUUAUCCA